AUGUCGCAGGAAGUUCACAGACAAGCAGCCCGCCAGGCUUUAGAUUACGUAGCUUUUAUUGAGAAUCUUGAUAACUGCAGUCUGGGAACCGGAGAAUCACUAGAUCUCACAUUUGACCACACUGUAUGGAAUCCUCACGCACUUGCUGCAGUCCGCCUGGCCAAUUUCAUCUCCAAAGUAAUCUCCAGCAACAACAACAGCAUGGCCUCUUUGUCAGAUGACGUCCUAUUUGCUCUUGUCAGGAACAACGUUCAUCUGAAAUCCGUCAUAUUUGGUUCUGGGACUCCAUUUGAACCACACGAAUCUUUGAGAUAUCCUUUGUUUUGUCCAUAUGCAUAUAGGGACGAAAACAAGACGUCCGUUCUCUCUAAAGAUAUUGCUGUAGAGUAUAAUUACACAGACCCCAGAACCGAGUACUACAAUGUACUCCGCUAUAGGGACUUCAGCAAUAUAUCUUUGGAGAUAGAUAAAAUCCAGUUCAGAUCUGGCGACUCUCUUCUUCCUGCGGUUGAGGUCAUGCAACCAGUGGCCACAUUGGAGGACGGCCAUUGGACAAAACCUUAUUUUGACUGUGGAGGAGGAAAUGUGUGGAUGGUGACUUACUCAUCUCCAAUAUUUGGACUUGGACUGGACAAAAAGUCCGUCGUUUUCAGGGGUGUGGCAACUAUUGACGUAGAACUCACCAAUGUUGAUGUUAACCAGUGUGACGUUGGUACAGUCUCUACAAAGAAAGGAAUGUUUGAUAUCUUCAGAGGGACUCACCUUUGUCAGCCUUCCACAGUAUGUGUUUUCACUCCUGGUCAUGGGUUUGGUCGAGGAGCCUAUAUCUGCACAUGCGCCAAAGGAUACUUCUUUCCAUCUAUCAAAGCCGAAGAGAAAUUCUACAAUGGCUCCGACAUUGAAAACAGUUACAAAGACAAUAUGACAUCACUGUCACAGUACAGAUGUACUCCUUGUGCACCAGGCUGUGCUGUUUGCAUAGAUUCGUCGCCUUGUCUGUUCACGAGAAACAUGGCAAUGAAAGUGAUUAUUCUUGUACUGACAAUAAUCAUCAUAAUCCUGAUUCUUCUAGUGUCGGCUUUGGUUUACCGUUUGAGAGAGAAUAAGGUGAUGAAGAGCGGGAGCCCUAUAUUUCUCCUUCUGAUGUGCACUGGAGGUGCCUUGAUGUGUCUGCAGAUGUUUGUGUUGUUUCCUGACGCUAAUGACAUAUUGUGUAUGAUCUUACCAUGGCUCUAUCAUUUAGGAUUUUUCCUGAUGUAUGGAGCACUUCUUUUAAAGACAUGGAGAAUAUCAGUGAUUUUUCGAAGAGGACAACUUAAAAAAGUACAUAUGACUGACAAGACUUUAUUACGUCACAUGGCGGUGAUCCUUGCAGCUGUAUUUGGGUAUUUGGUAGCAUGGACCGCAGCCAAUGAUGAAACUUCAAAAGUCGUAAAAACUUCCUCGGGAUUGAAGUUUGUGAUGUGUACAGAAAAUUGGUGGUCGUAUUCCGCAUAUGGAAUGGAGAUUCUAAUGUUGCUAUUCGGAGUAUACUUAUGUUUCACGGUACACAAAGCUCCUGCAUCCUUUAACGAAAGUAAGCACAUCUCAUGGUCCAUUUACAACGCCAUCAUCGUCAGUACGUUCAUCCUGAUCGUCAAUUACUUUACUGCUGAAUCAGUCGGACCAGAUUUGAUAUACGCCAUGGUCUUUCUGAAUUGUCAAGUUGUGGUAACAACGACAAUAGCGAUGAUAUUUCUGCCUAAGUUUUACGCUGUUCAUAUGAAAGUUGAAGUCAGGCGAAGAGAUAGUUUGAAAACCAUAACAGGUAGAAUGAAAAGCUAUUCCAGCAGUGGCCAGCAUCGCUCUAUAGCUGUUCAAACUAUGAUUAGUGGAGAGGACACGGAGGACAUGGGUAUUUGGAAGAGAGAUCAAAAGGACGGUAAGCCAGCUGAUGAGUCAAUUAAUGGAAAAUUUGAGAAGUUUGUGCCCUUUGUCUAUAUUCAAGGCAGUGUUGUACACAAAGAACUGUGAGGGAACCUUGUGUAUACAUCGAGCAACUCCGAAAACAGAGCAUGAACUAAUAAUGUUAUUAGAACUGAACAAUUUACGACUGAUUAUCUUUUUUUUAUUCUGUAUUCUACCAGUUGGUGAAGCAGACUUCCCGAUAAUAAUUAAUUCUUCUAAACAAUAGGCUUAUAUUCUCG